AUGGAUUUUGCGUACAUCCUGUCUCUUCCCACCGAAUUCAACGCGAGCUUCCAAAGGAAGCGGGCAGCAGACCUAGCUCUCACCUUGUUUUCUGAAAACAAGGCAGGCGGCUUUGAAACCCAACGCCCUUGCUUUGGAAUUCGUUCGCCGAAUGGCUCUGUUCGCUGUGAUGCUGUUAGCAGUUACGACGAUCCCUGCGGGCGAUUCGGUGCCCAAUCGGCACACGGCAAAGCGACAGAGGAAACAGACGGAAGCGAUGGAACCGCAGGUCAACGGCGCAAUUCCUUCGGCGAUUUGGUCAAAAGUUCCGAAACAAUAGGCUGCCCUUUAUUUAGUCAGUUCCUUUGUGUCAAUGAAAUCAAGGGUCACAUCGGGGUUGUGUUUGACCCGGGGGAGAGGGGCAGGCAAAACGAAGGCAACGAAGACGAGGACUUCCUACCCACAGGGGAAACGUCUGUCGAUUCCUACCCGAAUUGGCUCAAAUUCCACAUUGGCAUUAACCGGUACGAGCUGUAUUCCAGGCAUAACCCAGCGAUUGGCACCUUGCUGCACGAUUUGGCUACCCAGAAAAUCACCAGCGUUGCCAUGAAGUCGGGAGGCACCCAGCUCAAACUCAUCAUGACAUUCCAGAAUUAUGGACAGGCCUUGUUCAAGCCAAUGAAGCAAACGAGGGAGCAGGAAACCCCUCCUGACUUUUUUUAUUUUUCCGACUACGAGAGACACAAUGCUGAGAUUGCAGCAUUUCACCUGGACAGGAUCCUGGAUUUCCGUCGCGUCCCACCAGUUGCAGGCAGACUGGUUAAUAUGACCAGAGAAAUAAGGGACGUCACUCGUGACAAAAAACUAUGGAGGACAUUUUUUAUCUCACCAGCCAACAACAUCUGCUUCUACGGAGAAUGCUCCUACUACUGUUCGACGGAGCAUGCCCUUUGUGGCAAACCGGACCAGAUUGAAGGUUCCAUGGCGGCCUUCUUGCCCGACUUGUCUUUAGCCAAACGGAAAACCUGGAGGAACCCGUGGCGACGUUCCUACCAUAAACGCAAGAAAGCCGAGUGGGAAGUUGAUCCAGAAUAUUGCGAAGAGGUUAAGCAAACGCCACCGUACGACCGGGGAACCAGGAUCUUGGAUAUAAUGGACAUGACCAUAUUUGAUUUUCUGAUGGGUAAUAUGGAUCGACACCAUUAUGAGACUUUUGAGAAGUUUGGAAAUAAUACUUUUAUUAUCCACUUAGACAAUGGAAGAGGGUUUGGGAAAUAUUCUCACGAUGAACUGUCUAUCUUGGUGCCUUUAAAUCAGUGUUGCCGAAUACGGAAGUCCACCUACCUGCGUUUACAGCUCCUGGCCAAGGAGGAGUACAAACUGAGCCAGCUGAUGGAACAAUCUUUGCUGGAGGACAAAAUCGCCCCCAUCUUGUACAAACUACACCUCCAAGCGAUGGAUCGGAGGCUCCGGAUAGUCCUGCAGGCCGUCAGGGACUGUAUAGAAAAAGGAAGUUACAACAAGGUGGUGGAGAAUGACUUUGCCUCCUCUAGGAGCACCGUCACGACCGAGAGGUAGUGACAACGGACAGACUUCCUUCAACGCCGCUGAAGAAAGACCAACACGUCGACCAAGCCACCAUCCCAACAGUCUCGCGAAAGACUGUGUGCGUAGGCCACGUUUGAAUUCAGUGAAUUCAGAAAUUGCUCUUUUAAUUGUUCUCCAAGUAAGUAGCUAAGGCAUAGACUCUGCAACAGAUCAGACUGAGAAUAACAGGUAGCUCGGCCGUCAACAGCUCUCGGGACCAUCCACGUGUUCUCAGUGGGACGUGGUCACCCACCAUGUUUUUUUUUUUCCAUCCAGCCUCACUUGCCUUAGGUUCUAAAUUAUUCUCCAUCGUCAACGAGGGCUUUGGAGUCCACCUGUGGGCGGAGCUUCUGGCAAGCCCCACCUUCCCCCUUCCCCUCCCGUGCUUUCAUUUCUCCAAGCGGCCAGUGAAUUCGUGGGCCCCCCACUUCUUUCUUCGUCCUGAUCCUCCAGCGCAAGUGGCACCACCACCUCCUCCCCAACCGCUGAGAAGACCCGGUAGGAAAUGCCGAAAAGCCAUCCACAUAUCUGGUGGCUCGCUGGCGAAGACACUGAGCUUGUCGAUCAGAAAGUUCGGCCGUUUGACAGUUCGAAUCCCUAGUACAGGUCUCCGGCGUGAGCAGGGGGUUGGACUCGAUGACCUCCGAAGUCCCUUCCAACUCUGUUACUGUUACUGGAUCCACUUGUCCGUGUUGCAGUUUUCCAAACCAAUCCUAUCGACUUAGGAAAAUGAAAAAAAAUAAAAAUACGGAAGAUUGUGAAACGGGAUCUUCUCACUGGCUGGAGUAGCCCUCUCGUUCUUUCCCUCCUUUUCCUUUGUACAGAAAGCCGGUCCUUAUUUAAUAUUUUGUAUUUAUAGAGGAGACGGUCGUGUUGUGUUCUUCUACUUCUUCUUUUUUAAUAAACGGAAAACGCUACCUUUGGACGAGGAAGGGAGCGACGGAUUGCCUACCGCCCUCAAGGUGGUCUCCAAGAGGAUUCCAAAGAAGAGAAGUCCCAGCUCUUGGUCGCUGCUUGACGCGCUCCUAGAUCUUGAAUCUGGGUUUGUGGGAGGUCGGGGUAGCGAAAGAGGUGAAUGGAUUAAGAAUUUGGAGACCGUGCACACCGGAAGAGCUUUUUGGGAAAGGUUAGAGUAUAAAUAUUCUCUCCCUAACGAAGGGAGAGAAGGAAAGGGUCAGGAACGGAGAAGGCCACGCUAUGGACGCUUCCUUCAACGUGGUCCUGAAAUCUUACUUCCUCGUGUCUACCUUCAAGGCGUUGUCCUCCUUUUCUCUUGCUCCUUCCUGGCUGCCAAAGUUCUCCCACUUGCUCCCCAGCAUUUCCAAGACUGAGCCAGCUACGGGCCAAGCCAAAUCCCCCACCUCAACCACCCACCCACCCCAGAAAGGACCACCCUCCACAAAAGUGCAGCAGCUUCGUCAAAAGAAGAGCGGGACAAUCCGUGCAUCGGCGAGAAUACUUGAAUGCGGUUUUACAUAGUGAUGUUUAAACAAAAAAAAAAAAGGAAGAAAGAAAGAAAGAAACCCAACCACCGCCACAGAUAAAUGGUACUAUUUAUCCAUCCGAAAGUAAGCAGCUCUUUCUUCUCUUUGUGGACUGCUGAAGCUGAGCUGCUGCUUUUUCUCAAAUCUGCUUUUGAUAGUUUUCUUUUAUGUAAAUAUAUACAUAUCCAAGUUUAAAAAAAAAACAAAAAAAAAACACAGAUUAAAGGGGGGAAAAAAAAACCAGAAGCUGCUUUCAGCGGCAGUAGAAUUUUAUGGCUUCCUUCUUUCCUUCCUUCCUUCCUUCCUUCCUUCCUUCCUUCCUUCCUUCCUUCCUUCCUUCCUUCCUUCCUCCCUCCCUCCCUCCCUCCCUCCCUCCCUUCUUCCCUCCCUUUCCUUCCUCCUUCCUUCCUCCCUUCCUCCCUUCUUUCUUUCCUUCUUUCCUCCCUCCCUCCCUCCUUCCUUCCUUCUUUCUUUCCUUCUUCCCUCCCUCCCUCUUGCCUCUUUCCAUCCUGUCUCCUUCCUUUCUCCCUCUCACUCUCCAUCCUCUCCUUCCUUCCUUCCUCCCUCCUUCCCUCCUGCCAUCCUGUCUCUUUUCUCCCUCCCUCCCUCCCUCCUUUCCUUCCAUCCUCUCUCCUCCCUUCUUUCCUUCUUUCUCCCUCCCUCUUUUCCUUCCCUCCUCACUCCUCCCUUCCUCUUCCUUUCUCCCUCCCUCCCUCCUUUCCUUCCAUCCUCUCUCCUCCCUUCUUUCCUUCUUUCUCCCUCCCUCUUUUCCUUCCCUCCUCACUCCUCCCUUCCUCUUCCUUCCGCCCUCCCUCCCUCCCUCCUUUCCUUCCAUCCUCUCUCCUCCCUUCUUUCCUUCUUUCUCCCUCCCUCUUUUCUUCCCUCCUCCCUCCUCCCUUCCUCUUCCUUCCUCCCUCCCUCCCUCCCUCCUUUCUUUCUAAUUUCUUUCUUUCUUUCUUUCUUUCUUUCUUUCUCUCUCUCUCUCUCUCUCUCUCUCUCUCUUUCUUUCUUUCUUUCUUUCUUCCUUUUUCCUCCUUUCCGUGGAUUUGUUUGCAGUGUGGUCCCAGUGCAAUAAAGAUAUGGCAAAUA